CUUCAGCCACCCAGCAUUAUCAUUAUUAAAACUUCUUUCCCAUUUCCAUUUCAUUGAGUCUUAUUUACCCUUGAGACCCAUCCACCCACCCACCAUCCAUCCAUCCAUCCAUCCAUCCUUAACAACAUCGCAUCACUCAAGCCGUCAACAUGAGUUUGCAACUAAAAAAGUCAUACCAUCCCGCGCUUUUGCGCAACCAGAAGCGUGUUUACGAAGAAGAACAAAAAGCCUUGGAAGAACGCAAGAAGACCGAGUCGCGCAUCCAGGAGAUCAAGGAAGAACGCGCCAAAGAAGAACUACAGAAACAGCUUGCCAUUUCCGGAGGCCGCAAGGUUGUGGAUCGUGUUGAGUGGAUGUACCAGGGUCCCAGCGAUGGCCAGAAUGGUACUACCGAAGAACUCGAAGGCUAUUUGUUAGGCAAACGUCGAAUAGACAACAUCUUGACCAAAGGAUCCGAUCAUGAAAACCUCAAGAAGUCUGCCGGAACCGAAACUUUCAUGGCCCUACAAAACGCAAACACCGAGAGGGAUACUGCGAUAAAAAUCCGAGAGGAUCCCCUUCUGGCCAUCAAGAAGCAAGAACAAGCCGCCUACGAAGCCAUGAUGAAUGAUCCUAUCAAGAGAAGGCAACUGCUAGCAUCUAUGGGGAAAGCUGAAGAAAAGCCAUCAUCACGAAAGAGAGAAAAGGAUGACAGGCAUUCGAGACGACAUAGACAUAGAUCACAUUCGAGAGAACAUCGUCACCACCGACACCAUCGAUCUGAUUCUAGAGAUAGAUCUGAUAGCAAAGAUAGACGCAGUUCGAGGAGAGAGCGCCAUGUCGACCGCCCCGAACGAAGGCGAUCUACCACUAGAGACGAGCCUAGAGACAACAACAGAUCCCAUAGGGGUCGAUCACGGAGCCCGCGUCCUAGCGACACUAGAAACGAGGGGUAUCGACAACGCCACGAUUACUCGGACGAGCCACCCAGAGUACAUCGACAUCAUUCCGACGACCAAGAGGAUCGGCGAGCUUACCGCGAUCGACGGCCUCAUAAGGAUGGGCCGGGUCGCAGCCGACAUAGCCAGGGCAAUAACACUGGAAAUUCCACUGCCGAUGCGGCAGAAGAACGUGCGCGUAAACUAGCAGCUAUGCAAGAGGCUGCUUCCAAUCUUGAUGAAGACCGAGAGAAGCGACUGGAAGCUCUGGCCGAGAAAGAGCGGCUAGAGCGGGAGGCAGAUGAUAAGGCAAGAGAACGAUCGGGAAAGUACGGCGAAAGGGAAUUUGUGAAUGGGUUACGGAGGCAGGUUAUUUCCUGAGCACAAGGACGGAUUACGGUUACAGGACGGCGUUUGGAGUUGAAGGCUCUUUUGAGUUGAGCUUUAGGGUUGGUCUACGCACAGGUCACCUAGUGGAUAUGACGAGGGCUUCGUAUUGAUAUUGAGGGAUAUCUCCGUGUUUAGGGAUUCAAACAGCUUUCGGGUAUCAGCCAUCAACAGACGGCGGACCCUAGUUUCAGAAGGAUGAUGGUCUGAGCUUGUAAUGAAAGGAAUAUGAGUUUGCAGGGCUGGCCAUGUUGCUGUACAGUACAUAUGGGAAGGAUGGAUAGGUACUAUGUCUCGUCGACACCUAGAUGGAGAGAAAUGCAAACUACGGACUUAUUGGCUUGGUCAAACACAACAAAUCUUGCCUCAUUGUGAUGUGGGGAACUCUAGAUCGCGGGAGAUAUACGUUGCAUGAUUCUUUGCUUGUUCUUUUCGUUUGUCGUAUGAUAUGCGUGCAUGAAUUCACUACCUUGACCGAGCAGUCUAACCUUAGUGUCGUGAACAGUCCCACGCGUCACAG